AUGCCGUUUAAUAUAUAUGCGGCGGGUGUGAGCGCCUCGGUGUCGAAGCCCCGCGCAGGGGAGGAGGGUACGCCCAUGCCGUGGAUGUGGAGUUGGAAUUUAUGCAAGCUUGAGCUGGGGUUAGUGGAGCACCUUGCGGGACAAAGAGACGAGGUCGACAACGACGAAAGAGGGGCAAGACGUAAUGGCCCCACGAAGAAGCUUCGUUUUGUUUUAUUUACUUGUAUGUUUUGUGUCGGCGGAUUUCAUUCCCGUGUCAGGCUCACAGGCCCAGACACGUGGCAGCGGUAUCGGCGCGCAGGAAAGGGAGCGGGCGUGGCGGCGGUGGUAGGAGUGGUUGAAGACGUGUGA